AUGGAGAACGUGGAAGUUUUCAAUUCCGAAGCUAAGGGUCGAGGACUAAAAGCCACCCAAGAUUUUUGGGCUGGGGAUGUGAUCUUUGCAGAAACGGCCUACGCUGCAGUUGUGUUUGACAACCUCACAAACUGUGUGUGUCAUACAUGCUUCAAGAGGCAGGAGAAGCUCCAGCGUUGUGGACAAUGUAAAUUUGCUCAUUAUUGUGACCGCACUUGUCAGAAGGAGUCCUGGGUUAACCACAAACAUGAAUGUGCUGCCGUCAAGAAAGUUGGAAAAGCACCAAAUGAAAAUAUUCGGCUUGCAGCUAGAAUUUUAUGGCGGAUAGAGCGAGAAGGAGGAAGCCUCACCGAAGGAUGCUUAGUCUCUGUUGAUGACCUCCAAAGCCACCUUGAGAACUUUGACCAAGAGGAGAAGAGUGGACUUAUGGAAGAUGUUCAAAGCUUUCUUGAAUAUUGGCCAAGUCAGAGUAAACAGUUUGGAAUGCACUACGUCUCCCACAUCUUUGGAUUGAUAAGCUGCAAUGGAUUUACUUUAAGUGACCAAAGGGGUCUUCAAGCUGUCGGUGUUGGAAUUUUCCCAAAUCUCUGUCUAGUCAACCAUGAUUGCUGGCCUAACUGCACGGUUAUAUUCAACAACGGCAAUCAUGAGGCUGUAAAAUCAAUGUUUCAUACACAGAUGAGAAUUGAGCUUCGCGCUCUUGGAAAGAUCAACAAGGGAGAAGAACUCAGCGUGUCUUACGUAGAUUUCCUUAACCUCAGUGAAGAUAGAAAACAACAGCUGAAGAAACAGUACUAUUUUGACUGCACAUGUGAGCACUGCACCAAGAAAAUUAAAGAUGACCUGUUGCUAGAUGUCAAAGAUGGUGAACCUAAGCCUUCAGAAAGUGUCAUUAAGGAGGUUAUACAAUUCUCAAAGGAUGCGAUGGAAAAGAUCGAUAAAGCACGUUCUGAAGGGGCAUACCUGAGGUGAUUAAACUUUGCCGGGAAUGCCUGAAGAAGCAGGAACCAGUUCUAGCAGACACAAACAUUCACAUUCUGAGAAUUCUGAGCAUAGCUUCCGAAGUGUUCUCUUACCUGCAGAUGUUUGAGGAUGCUGCUGAGUAUGCUAAGAAGAUGAUAGAUGGAUACUUAAAAGUCUACCACCCAAACAAUGCCCAGCUUGGGAUGUCAGUGAUGAGGGCGGGAGUCACACACUGGCACGCUGGGCUCAUUGAAGUUGGGCACGGAAUGAUCUGCAAGGCCUACGCCAUUCUGCUGAUUACUCAUGGUCCCACACACCCCAUCACCAAAGAUCUGGAGGUGAUGAGGGGGCAGACAGAAAUGGAGCUCAGGAUGUUUCAGCAGAAUGAAUUUGUAUAUUACAAGAUGAGAGAAGCAGCUUUGUCCAACAAACCCAUGUGUGUCAUGAAAGAGCCCAGCAAUGACAACCAGACCACCAUCUACCAUAAAAAGCCCUAA